UGCAUCUGCAAGUGAAAUCCUCCAAGUCCAUUGCUGUCUUUUGCAACCCAGAAAGAUAAAGUGGGCAGGUAGGCUGGGAAAUGACCUUUAGUCUGGAGUCCUCCAUUCUAGGGUAGCAGACGACUUGACUUGGGAUGGGAACAUGAACUUGGGCAAGUGCUGGAUCUGAGCUUGGCUGUUCCCUCGCACCCCGGGCCACACCAGGGCACAGUCCGCAACUCACGCCCAGCACCACUUUGUUCUGACGUCCUUCUCCAGAGCUCUGACGAUCGCCCCCGCCUUCCGCCCUUAUAAAGAGACUUUUUCCAAUACCCAGAUCGAUCGCUUCACCCCCUCGGAGUCCUCAUCGGGCUCCUUGCCGGAGCCCCCUCCACUCACCUCGAGCCUCCCUCCCUCCGUGUCCCUCACAGCCCGGGGCUCAAGGGGCUCCUGGACCCCUAAAGCAGCUCCGGGUGACGCAAAGAUUUGAUGAAGUAGCCCUCUGUGGAAGGAUCUGCACUGUACCCUAAAUAAAAAUGUCUUUCCACGUAGAAGGACUGGUAGCUAUUAUCCUCUUCUACCUCCUUAUAUUUCUGGUUGGAAUAUGGGCUGCAUGGAAAACCAAAAACAGCGGCAACCCAGAAGAGCGCAGUGAAGCCAUCAUAGUCGGGGGCCGUGACAUUGGUUUGUUGGUUGGUGGUUUUACCAUGACAGCCACCUGGGUUGGAGGAGGCUACAUCAAUGGGACAGCAGAAGCAGUGUAUGGGCCAGGUUGUGGUCUAGCUUGGGCUCAGGCACCCAUUGGAUAUUCUCUGAGUCUAAUUUUAGGUGGUCUGUUUUUUGCGAAACCUAUGCGUUCCAAGGGAUAUGUGACUAUGUUAGACCCAUUUCAACAGAUCUAUGGAAAGCGCAUGGGUGGGCUGCUCUUCAUCCCUGCACUGAUGGGAGAGAUGUUCUGGGCUGCAGCAAUUUUCUCUGCAUUAGGGGCCACCAUCAGCGUGAUCAUUGAUGUGGAUGUGAACAUAUCGGUCAUUGUCUCUGCACUCAUUGCCAUUCUUUAUACCCUAGUGGGUGGGCUCUACUCUGUGGCAUAUACUGAUGUUGUCCAGCUAUUCUGCAUUUUUAUAGGACUGUGGAUCAGUGUCCCUUUUGCCCUGUCACAUCCUGCAGUCACCGACAUCGGAUUCACAGCUGUGCAUGCUAAAUACCAGAGUCCCUGGCUGGGAACCAUUGAAUCAGUUGAAGUCUACACCUGGCUUGAUAAUUUUCUGUUAUUGAUGCUGGGUGGAAUCCCAUGGCAAGCCUACUUCCAGAGGGUCCUCUCUUCAUCCUCAGCCACCUAUGCUCAGGUACUGUCCUUCCUGGCAGCUUUUGGGUGCCUGGUGAUGGCUCUACCCGCCAUAUGCAUAGGAGCUAUUGGAGCUUCCACAGACUGGAACCAGACUGCCUACGGGUAUCCAGAUCCCAAGACUAAGGAGGAAGCAGACAUGAUUCUCCCGAUCGUUCUGCAGUACCUCUGCCCUGUGUACAUCUCCUUCUUUGGGCUUGGUGCUGUUUCAGCUGCUGUCAUGUCCUCAGCUGACUCGUCCAUCCUGUCGGCGAGUUCUAUGUUUGCUCGGAAUAUCUACCAGCUUUCCUUCAGACAAAAUGCAUCAGACAAGGAAAUUGUGUGGGUCAUGAGGAUCACUGUGCUUGUGUUCGGAGCAUCUGCAACAGCCAUGGCUUUGCUGACGAAGACUGUGUAUGGGCUCUGGUACCUGAGCUCUGACCUUGUCUACAUCAUCAUCUUCCCACAGCUGCUCUGUGUACUCUUCAUCAAAGGAACCAACACUUAUGGGGCAGUUGCUGGUUAUAUUUUUGGACUAUUCCUGAGAAUUACUGGAGGAGAGCCAUAUCUAUACUUGCAGCCCUUAAUCUUCUACCCUGGUUAUUACUCUGACAAGAAUGGUAUAUACAAUCAGAGGUUCCCAUUUAAAACUCUCUCCAUGGUUACCUCAUUCUUUACCAACAUUUGUGUUUCUUAUCUAGCCAAGUAUCUAUUUGAAAGUGGAACCUUGCCUCCAAAAUUAGAUGUAUUUGAUGCUGUUGUCGCAAGGCACAGUGAAGAGAACAUGGACAAGACCAUUCUAGUCAGAAAUGAAAAUAUCAAAUUAAAUGAACUUGCACCUGUGAAACCUCGGCAGAGCCUAACCCUCAGUUCAACUUUCACCAAUAAGGAGGCCCUCCUUGAUGUUGAUUCCAGUCCGGAGGGGUCUGGGACUGAAGAUAACUUACAAUGACCCAAUCUAAAAUAUACAGAAGAGGGCAUUGCUGUAGGGUAGUACUGGAAGAAAGGCUUGGAGCAUAUCUUACACAUGUUAAAAUAUAAGUGUCUAGAGGGAAAUAGUUUUGCAGAAAUAAAAUAAGUUAUGACAGAUGAGUUCAGAAAAAAUAACAAUUGCACAGUGAGAAGGAAUCGAGCAUGAAGCCAAAAGCUUUAUCUCUCAUCAUAGCACUUUUAAUUUUAAAUAGCAUUGUUAAGUGCAUAAAAAUGCAUAAAGCCCUAGCCAAAGAAGGUGGCCAAAUAUUACUUAUCUUUAUUAUGGAAAAAAGGGGGAUAUAUAUUAGGGAGUCUAUGGGAAGGAGAUUGGCUGGUCCUGAUCAUCCUCACUGGCUAAUGCACUGGACACCAUUUUAAUUACUACAACGUGGAGUUUAUGCAUUCAAUCCCAGUCACUACUGUGGAUGAUGCAGUGAGUUAGCCAGUUGACUUCUCUCCAUGGGUAGGCUGUCUUGCUCUUGCCUGAUUUGAACUGUGGCUUUUACUCAUUUUUCAAGGUGCGCUUCCUUACCCUUUCUUGCCAUCUUGCAUGUGUACUCUCUCCACCAUCCCUUCAUCUAUCCAUCCCCUCCUACUCUCUACUUCCUUUCCUUUUUUCUGCCCUUCCCCUUUCUCUUCUUUUCUUCCCUUUCCUUUUCUCUUCAUAUUUUUUUUGAGGUGCUGGAAAUCUAUUGCACAUGCUGGGUAAGAACUCUCUUACUGAGCUACAUUGCAGCCCCACAAUGAUUUAUUUAGUUUUUCAGUGAUGCCAUACAUUAUUCUAAGCACAAGCAACACAAACCAUAUCUUACUUAAUAGUGACAUUUUAUGUGUAAAUGAUAGAAACACAAUCUAUGUUGGAGUUGGAAAAAAAGCACUGAGUUCUUCAAAUAUAUCUAAGAUUGCCAUCUCCACAAAGAGAAGGGCUUGACGCCAAGCAUGAAAUGGUUGCUGGAUGGCAUUACAGAAAUAAGUCAAGAAGAAAAGUAAAGGAAGGAGAAGAAGAAAAACAGAUUUCUAUCUCCAGCUUUUAGACAUUAAAUACUGUUACACAUUACAAAUACAAUGUCUUGGCCUAUCUUCUAAGUCAGUGUUGGAGGCAAAGAUGAGCCAUCUGUAAAGAGAGAUUUCUAACGUCUGUUAGAGGUGGCACUUGCUUUAUCAGCAUGCGUUCAAUGUAUAUUUAUUACCAGCAGCUUCCAAACACCUCACCAAGAAACUGGAAAACAAACCCUGCUUAUUUUGGACAUUUAUUAAUGGAAUAGUUUAGUGUUCAGGACCUACUCUUGACACUGUUCCACAUAAGCCAUUUUUAGGGACUGGACAGAUCACAACAAGUAUGUAUAUUGAAUAUCAAAUGUAAUAGAAAGCAAACAGUAAAAACAAGUCAUAGAAAGAAGAAGCCAUCAUUUUUAAUAUCUGUUGUGUACAUGGAUUUCAAGAGGUCAGUCAUUAAAUGUAGUUUUGCUUCUCUUUGUCUUGUUCAGAAUUGCACACAAACCUUGUGCCCCCAAACCCUAGAAUUCUCUUUAUAGGUUACAGUUAUUAUCUCUCAAAGUAUCAAAAGGUGGAAGUCCUUUGCUUAAAAAUGUGACUUAAAAAUUCCUAGUAUGACUUUUAAAAUUUAAAGUUAAAUAAUUUUACAUAUUGUAAUAUCCUACUUUUCAGUGGUGUCUCAAUUCGUAGGCCUCUUUACUGUAUGUAUAUUACAUAAGAAAGAUAAUUAAUUUACCCUCCAGUCUAUCUCAGAAUCAACUCACUAACUAUGGACUAUUUGAAAGUAUGGAGUCUGAGAUGCUCAAAUGUGGGGUGAGAAAAGAAUCAAAGAAAAAAGAAAACACAGAUUAAAAAAUAGAAAACUUUGGGCAUGAAAAACUACUAGUGACAAGGAUGAAAUUUCUGGUAAACAUGGUAUUUCAGACCCACAAGGUCUUUCAACAAAGACAAAAGAGUGAAUUUUGCCCAACUCAUCAUCUGUGCCCUUCCAUCGGAUUGUUAAUGUGCGUUCUUGAAUUAUGAACAUCAUGGAGUCUCAUUCAUACUGUAGACCUUACAGCAAAGCAGGUUCUUUCCAUAUACAAUAUAUUUUGUAAUGUUCUUAGUGAACAACUGCCCAACUAAUCUUAUAAUAUUUAAAGUGUUAAAAUAGCAAAAAAGAAAAUGAGAGAAGAAUCCUAAAGUAUUUAUUUAUGCAUACUCUGGAAUGAAUUCCUCAUGAAUUUCAAGCAAGGGAUGAUGCUUCAAAGUACGGAAGGUCUACUCUGUAUCAGAAUGGUGACAUCUCUAAGUCAUUCCAGAUUCAGGCAGUAGACGUCAUUUUCAAAUCCCCAAUGAAAUUAAAAUAACACAACUGUUUCAGCCUCUUGCCUGGGAAGUAAUAUGUGUAGCAUUGGAACAAGAUAGGAGUUUCCCUCCCAUAUAUUACCAAUGAUUGUACUAUGUUUCUUAGGUAAGUUGUGUUCCUCUCCACAUAUUCAGAACAUCAAGCUUGUAGGUGAAAUGAUAUGUCAACAAGCUAUCAGAUGCUCAGUGCCAAAAUCCAAUUUCAUUGUUAUAAAUAAUGAAUUUUUGUGAAUAUUGUAUGAACAUAAGCUUGAAAUUAGUACAUUUAAUAUAACAUGUGUUGAAAUUUUUAUUUGUAAAUAAUGAAUUAACAUAUAUUUUAAACAUAAAUCAUCACUUUCCUUUAUGUCUUUCUACAAAAUUUACUCUGGUAUCGUAUGUUAUAAGUUUGCUAUAUUGUAUGUUUGCUACUGCAUAGGUAAAUGCAUAUAAUGGUUCCAAAACAUAUAUUUUUAUCUGUCAAAAUAUUAUACAAAGUUAUACUCAAAUAAGUAGAUUUACAAGUAUACAUGUAUGUGUUCAAAUGUAAUAAUACUGUAUUAAAUUAUUCCACUGAAAUUCAGAA